UCUCGGACUGAGAGCGGCUCGGUUCGCCAUGUUGGUUUGUGUGUAAAAUAAUCGCUUGCAUCCGUCCUAAAGCUUGACUCUUUCACUCUAAGGACGAUCCCUGCUGCUAGUUCACACUCUGGGCCAUCUACCAAUGCUAUUAUUUUUGUGAUUUGCAGGUAAACUCACGUGGGAAACGUCCUUCUGAGGGAGGACACCCUGAGGUACAUCUCUCUAUCUCUCUGUACAACAAAAAAUCCGCCUGGUUUUUCCUUUUUUUUGUCUUCCUCAGCCUGAAAUGAGCUUACCACAGAAAGCCAAACCACAGCCUGUAAUAAGAGGACUACAACAGCCUGCUUCAAUUGCCAGAGGACCUGUACAACAGACACUUGAAGAACGCAUCUACCCUCCCCAGGCAGCAGUUCCACCGGUCCAGUAUACAGUCUCACAGGUGCCCAAACAGGCAGGACCUGCUGCUUACACAACACAUGAACUAAACAAGGGUCAUCCAAACCUCCCUGCGACACCGCCAGGCCAUGCCUCCUCGCCAGGCCUCUCUCAGGCUGCCUUCCAGUCUGGUCAGAAUGCAGCUCCUCCUCCACUUGUAUACUCCCAAAAUCCACAGACAAUGACUACACAACCACAGACCAGACAGUUCGCAGCAGGGCCUCGGGCUGCCCACCACCAGUUUUUUCAAAGACCACCGAUGCAACCAGCGAGACCGAGCAUACCGAAUAACAAUCCUUCCAUUCGUCCAGGGACACAGACUGCAACGGCAGUCUAUCCGCCUAGCCAAGGGCCCAUAAUAAUGAUGAACCCACCUGUGCCAUAUCCCCCAGCCCCUCAGGCUCCAUAUUAUAUCGCUAACCCGUUCCGCCCCAGUGCAACUCCAUACAUGGGUCCCCCUCAGCAGUAUUCAGUUCAGCCACCACCUGGUCCAUUCUAUUCAGGACCAGGUCCUGGUGACUUCACUACUUACGCCUCAGAAACAAGGCGCAGAGGGUGGCCCCAAUCAGGAGUUCAGCCACUGUGUGCACCAUCCUAUUACAGUCAACCUGUGUAUUCACCAUCUGCACCUUUGAUAAUGCCUACACAACCGCCACCACCUCCAACAAAGAGGGAAAAGAAAACGAUUAGAAUCCGUGAUCCAAAUCAGGGAGGCAAGGAUGUCACUGAAGAAAUAUUGUCAGGAGGAGGUGGAAGCAGAAACCCUACACCGCCUGUAGUGCGGCCAGGUUCCACACCGACUCCACCUCAGUUUUUGUGUCCACACCCUCAUUAUCCUCACCUCUUGUACCUCAAAUCCCAGCAGCUGCCCAGUCAGGUUGCAGAACAUGGACCAGUUUUUGGAACUGUGGAAAAUGCUCACGUUGCUCCAAGUGUGGAUUUCAAGCAAGUGGGGCGAUCUGAAGCUGCUAUAACAAAACUGAAAGCAGAGGACAAACCAAAGCAGGAGCCAAUGGUGAAAAGUGCUUCACCAGAUGUAAGAUCGGACACUGUAGAAGAAAAUAAAGACGUAGAUGGAGAACCUCCUGACCCUGUCCAUGUACAAGUGGAGGAACAGGAGGAGGAGGAAGAAGAAGAGGAGGAGGAAGAAGAGGAGUUAACAGUGGAACCUACUACUAGCAAUUCAGUUUUUCCACCUUUGGAUUCUGUGGAAGAAUCUGUGCCAUCCAUUCCUAAUGAAGAGCAGAACCCUGCACCUAACUUAUGUUUGCAUGGGGAAGUGGAAGAAGAUAAACAAGAAGAGCAGGACAGUGAAAAUCUAUCUGGAGAAGUGAUUAUUGAUCCAGCUAAUGAGAUUAUAGUACCUGCUACUAUCAAUUCAAUUAAAGACGUGAAUGGCAUUGCAGGACAAGAACUAACACAAAGCACCUUAGAAAGUGUUUCACAAGACCUUCCUCCACUCUCCACUACAAUGGAGAUUCCAGACAUUCUUCGGACAGAAAUGGCGGUAACACCUUCCACUGUUGCUAUUUGCACCAAUCUGGAAGUUACAGCAGAGGAAGUGAACAAGGAGGAGGCUCCUAUUAUUGAUGACAAAGGCCAGGAUGUGGAAGGCAAAGAUUCUGUUGAAGAGGAGGAGAAAGAGGUAGAGGAAAAUGAAUCACAACAGUUAAACUCCAAAAAAAGCCCAGAGAUUAUGUAUGUCCCGCUAUCUCUUCCUGCACCAAAGAUGCAGAAGAAAACAAAAGAGCUGAACAGGCUGGAUGAGGAUUUGUUAGAGAUCAGUGAAAAGCCUGAAGUCGAAGAAGAAAAUACAUUUGAAAAUGCUCCUGAACCUGAACAAGAUCACUUGGUUCCAGAUGCAAAUCUAGAUGAAGACUUUAAAAAACAUGAAGUAGAAGAGAAUGGGGAUCAGGACCUAGAACCUGAACAAAAUGGUUCAGAGUCUGUUUCAGAAAGUGAAAGCACCGAGACCAGCACCAAAGAAAGUCCUGAUGACAACGUAGUGUCCAGCUUCAAGGAAGAGCAGUGGAAAAUGCUGAAUCCAGAAGGAAAGAAACGAUAUGACCGGGAAUUUCUCCUUGGGUUCCAGUUCAUUGCAGCUAGUACACAAAAGCCAGAUGGUUUGCCAGCAAUUAGCGAUGUUGUUCUUGAUAAGAUCAAUCAGACCAAACAAAUAGCAAGACCUUUGGACCCCUCACGGAUGCUGCCCCGAGGCCCAGACUUCACACCACCUUAUGCAGAUUUUGGAAGGCAGCCACAAAGUGGGCGAGCAGGAACAGUGUUAAAUGUUGGGCCAAGGAGAUCACAGCAUGGGCAAAGAAGAGAACCAAGGAAGAUUAUUACAAAUAUAACUGUGAAUGAUGAUAUCCAACUAAAGAAGUCAGAGAAUGCAUGGAAACCUAUAUUAAAAAGAGAUGAUAUUUCUGAUGACUCUGACGUGCAAAAAACACAGGAAUUGUUCCGACGAGUAAGAAGCAUUCUGAACAAGCUUACACCCCAAAUGUUUCAACAAUUGAUGAAGCAGGUUCAGGAGCUGACAAUUGAUACAGAAGAGAGGCUGAAGGGAGUUAUUGACCUCGUGUUUGAAAAAGCCAUUGAUGAACCUAAUUUUUCAGUAGCAUAUGCUAAUAUGUGUCGCUGUCUCACAAUGCUGAAAGUCCCAAUGUCUGAUAAGCCAGGAGCUUCAGUAAAUUUUCGUAAGCUGUUACUAAAUCGUUGCCAGAAAGAAUUUGAGAAGGACAAAGCCAAUGAUGUUGUCAACGAGAAGAAGCAGAAAGAGAUUGAUGCAACUGUCAAAACGGAAGAGAGGUCCAGACUUCAAGAUGAGCUAGAAGAAUCCAAGGACAAGGCUCGAAGAAGAUCAAUUGGAAACAUUAAAUUUAUUGGAGAACUCUUCAAACUUAAAAUGCUGACAGAAGCCAUUAUGCACGACUGUGUUGUGAAAUUACUAAAAAACCAUGAUGAAGAGUCAUUAGAAUGUUUAUGUAGGCUAUUGACUACAAUCGGGAAAGACCUAGAUUUUGAAAAAGCAAAACCUCGCAUGGACCAGUAUUUCAAUCAAAUGGAAAAGAUAGUGAAAGAAAGGAAAACAUCAUCAAGAAUACGUUUUAUGCUCCAAGAUGUAAUAGAUGUGAGAAUGAAAAAUUGGGUGUCACGUAGGGUUGAACAGGGUCCAAAGACUAUUGAACAGAUCCAUAAAGAAGCACAGAUUGAAGAGCAACAGCAACAAUUGAAGGUUCACCAACAACUACUGUCUAAGCAAGACAAAAGGAGAACAAGUAGUGGACGAACCACAGAGGAAGCUUGGAACACUGUUCCAGUGUCUAAGAGCAGCAGGACGAUUGACCCCAGCAAGUUCCCAAAAAUUACCAAACCUGCCACUGAUGAUAAAAUUCAGUUGGGACCAGGAUGUCGAUUAGGUAGCUGGGGUAAGGGCAGCAGUGGAGGAGUGAAAACUAAUGAAACUGAAUCGUCACGAACAACAAGUUUGAAUAGAUUCUCUGUACUACAGCAGACUGCCCCUCCUUCUGAUUCAGAUGCACGCAGGGCACUACCUAGUCGAAGCAGCACUGGAAGGGAGAAGAGCGAUAAACCAACUCGGCCAGCUAUCUCACAAGUGAGCAGUAACAAGGAGCUGCUUGAUGAUAGAACACGAGAAGAAGAGAGGAGAGAAGUCCUUGAAAUUGUACAGCACACCACAGGUACCUCAGAGGAGAAGAGUUUUGAUGGAGACAAGAACCGGACUAAGGAAAAUGCAAAGCCUGAAGUAUUUUCUGCUGAUGCUGCAUCCAGAGCUGAUCUAUCUGAAGAGGAGAUGGAGAAGAAAUCAAAAUCCAUUAUUGAUGAAUUUUUACACAUUAAUGAUUAUAAGGAAGCAGUCCAGUGCGUAGAUGAAUUGAAUUCACUGAAUCUGCUCCAUGUCUUUGUGAGAGUUGGUGUGGAGUCAACAUUGGAGAGGAGUCAGAUAACAAGAGAACACAUGGGACAGCUUUUCUAUCAGUUGAUACACUCGGAAAAGCUACCCAGGAAUGAAUUUUUCAAAGGGUUUUUAGAACUCUUGGAAUUGGCAGAGGAUAUGGCCAUUGAUAUACCACAUAUAUGGCUGUACCUGGGUGAACUUGUGACACCCAUGUUACAAGAAGGAGGAAUCUCUAUGAGAGAAUUAUUUACAGAACUUAGUAAACCUUUACUUCCUGUGGAGAGAGCAGGGGUUCUGCUUGCAGAAAUUUUGCACCUUCUAUGCAAACAAAUGAGCCAUAAGAAAGUUGGGGCCUUAUGGAAAGAGGCUGGCUUAAAUUGGAAAGAUUUCCUAACUGAUGGGCAGGAUUUCCAGCAAUUCAUUAGGGAUAAGAAAUUGGAGUUUACUAUAUCGGAUGUUUCUAGUCCUACUGAAGCACUUUCAAAAAUGGAGCUCUCUGCUGAAGAACUGAACAAGUGGCUAGAAAAGCUUAUUAUUGAAGACAGGGCUAGCAAUGAGCAAGUCUUUGACUGGGUAGAAGCUAAUUUAGAUGAAUCACAGGUUGGGUCGUCUACAUUCCUUCGAGCUUUAAUGACUACAGUUUGUAGAUCAGCUAUUACAGGGGAAGGAGCUCCAAGUCGAGUGGAUGCUAACGUUGUACAGCAGAGACUGCGAUUAUUACUGAAGUACCUUAACUCCGAUACUGAAAGAGAAUUACAAGCACUUUAUGCACUACAAGCAUUAAUAGUAAAACUUGAUCAACCCCCUAACUUGUUAAGAAUGUUUUUCGACACUUUGUACGAUGAGGAUGUUAUAUCUGAAGAUGCAUUCUACAAAUGGGAAAGUAGCAAAGACCCAGCAGAGCAGAGCGGCAAAGGGGUAGCGCUAAAAUCUGUCACGGCUUUUUUUACAUGGCUAAGAGAAGCUGAGGAAGAGUCAGAAGAUAACUAAAAAAAAACAAAAAAUGUCUUCGCCAAUCAAAGUGCAAAAAGGCCAAUCAUCGCAACAAAUAUGCACGGAUCUACAGUCAGCGAUCAUGAUGAAAAUUAUGGUACACGCACGUAAAGAAAAGCCGCGGUGAUGUUAAAGAACCAUGGGUGGGAGCACUAAAAAAUGUAUUAUUUAUAGAAAAUAUUUUUGUUUUAAAUUUUAAGCUUUUUUGUUAUUUUUAAAAGGACAGAUGGUUCCACUUUUCUGUGCAGCAAAAAAAUAAAAAAUUGAACACUUUAAUUUAUUUUUAGAACUGCAACAGUGAUGUAAUUUGAGUUUGCAGUUACUGUAAACAGAAUGUAACAUAGAGAAAAGCAACCCAAACUUUUGCCCACAAUGCCACUUCAAACAAAUACAGGGCAUCAAAAUUUAGUAUGUGGGCGGGGGUUAACAAUGAUGGCUGAAAGUAGUAAUAUGUACCAGUAAUUCUUCCUGCCUGCUUCAGCUUGCUCUAGAAAUGUACAUAACAUUCAACUGGAAGAUGACGCUCCCCGAAUUUCCAAGCCGUACAUUAUGAACUGCAGAACAUGGAGAACUUGUACAAAAAAAAAUUCAACUUGAGGAAGUGCUUGUAAUACUUUCAAACUAUAGAGCUACUCAAAAGCUUGUAAAUACAUAAAGAGAAAUAUUUAAAAAAAUGACUCAUUACUAUCUUUUCACUUUCAAAACUAAAUAAAUACAGACCGUGCAAGUUGAAAAAAUAAAUACAAACUACUGUUUAUCUGAGAAUUCAUGAUCACAAGAGUGGUUCUACAUAAGUUUGCAAACUGGUUUGACUUUUUUUGUACUCUGUUUACCUCAUUGUAUUAUAUAAUUCAAUGCCCAUUGUUGUGACAAGUUGUAUCAAAUGGCUGGCUGACACUAGUCAGUUAUUGGGAUAUUGCAGAAAGUUUUUUGAAAAAAUACUGCACAAAUGAGGAUCCUUUCUCCUUAGAAACUUUCAACCAUUGGUUUUAGACGCCUGUCAGAGCUUUCGUUGUGAAAGAAAAGGAGGUCAGAAUAUAUGAUAUAAAAGGGGUACGUUUUCCAAAAACAUGCAACCUUUCACACAAGCUGCUUCCAUUGAUGCUAGUUACAGCAAAUCGAGGAUAUUACCAUGUGAAAGAGCACUUUUCUGAAAGUUAUGUGGUUUAUCUCAUGAGUUGCUGGUUUGAUUUAAACAGUGUCUCAAAAACUAACACUAGAUUUUACUUGUAUCAGUUUGUGCAUUUUUCUUUGAUAAUUGGUUUUGAAAAGUUUAGCAUAAUAUGGAUCAGUUAUGAUUUUAAAACUUGCUUCAAUGGCAAGAUGGCUUUUGGAAUGCUUAUGAAGAUAAUGUUCCAGACUCUGAGAUGCCAUUAAAUAACUGCAUAACUUGAAUUAAGUCAGUUCUAGGCUGGUAAUAUAUAAUGGGUUGGAUUUUUUUUCCCUGUUUUCAAAGUCUGUACAUGUUAAAUAGUCAUGUUCUCGUUUGACAAUGUCUCACUAAUCACCCCAUUAUGUAAUGAGAUGGGCUUAUGAACACUAAAACCUAGGUUUAAGAGCCACGAGUGUCAAUGCUGAUUUUAUGUUGUUUCAAUUUGUAACAAGAUGAGCAUCAACCUGAAUUGCUGUCUGUAUCCACCAUAGAUUGAAAUGUGUCCACAUCCAAAAAGCUGGAACAGACCCAAAACCAAUUGAAUUUUCUUGUUCUGUGGUUUAUUCUAGAGAUGUGACUUGAGGAAGUGGUAAAUAACAAUGUAAGGAUAUAAAUAAUAUUCGCUGUAUUAACAAAAUGGAGACUCGUGUCUAUCAGUCAUCUUGUGUACAAAUUAGAAAUACAAAAAUAGUAGGUACGAGAGUUGAAUAUACAUUCUAACAAUUUUGAAGGACCCCAAAAUUUGGAUUCAAGAAGAGCAUUGCAGAACAGUGACUGUCUAGUUGAUUCAAGAUUUGUUAUUGCACUAAAUUAUUCUGUAUUGUAUGGGUUAUGCUAAGUAUUGGUCAGGCCCAAGUGCACAUUGGUAAAAAAAUCAACUAUGGUGCUGUCAAAACUUGACCAUUACAAGUGUUAAACUGCUGUUGGUUUGCCUUGUUCAGUAUAUAAUGAUGAAAUUAGCCUGCUCCUAAUUCUUAAUCACCAACCAGAUGCUGGAAUGUCAAAGCUCUGUGAAUACCUAUUUUAUUAGAACAUCACUUUGAGUGGCUUACUUCUCAUAGUUGUGCAUGGAAUACCACUUUCAAAUCAAGAUAAAAAGUAAUUGUGUAUUUUGUAGUUUGUCAUGUUAAAUAAUUAAAAAUGGAAGGUAAUUGAUCUUGAUACAAAUCCUUUUUAAGUUUAAAGAGCUGAAAAAUUCUGCUGAAUGCAUGAAUAGUGCUUUAUGAAUGUUCCAACUGUAUGAAACAGAUUUGUACUCAAUUAUCUUCAGUAUCUUUUUCAGUCAAUUGUAACCCUUUACCAUUAUAAAGUUGUAAUUGAGCGACUCA